AAUAUUUUCGUUUACUGUCUGCUUUACUGAUAACGUAACUGUUUCAGUUAUUGAAGCCCGUUAAAUAAAAUGUAGUUAUAUAUAAUUUAUAUGAUAUUACGUUAUAAUAUUCCAUUAUUAUUGUGUGAUUUAUGGUUACAGUAUCAUAAAAAUCAUGGGUAAAGGAUGUUACUAUAUUUAAAAAUGUUCGCAUCUGGGUUUCUACUCAUAAUCAAGAACAUUGAGUAGAAAAACUGAAUAUUUAUCAAAUGAACUGAUAUUAUUGUAAGAUGAAAUUAACUAAAUAUUUGAGGUGUGUAAAAAACUUCCCUACACAUGUAUCGUGUAGCAGAAGAAUAAAAGGAGAAUUUUUUACUGCUCUGGACAAUGUGUUUCCGAAAGCCUACAAGCCAGCUGCUGUUGAGAGAGGUGUUUACGAGUACUGGGAGGAAAACGGUUACUUCUCAGCCAAGAAUAUAGAGCCUAAGUUUUCUUUGGUUUUACCUCCACCGAAUGUAACUGGAACAUUACAUCUUGGCCAUGCUCUAACAGCUGCCAUACAAGAUGCUUUAGUUCGUUGGCACAGGAUGGAAGGAAGAGAUGUUCUGUGGGUCCCAGGGCUGGACCAUGCUGGGAUUGCCACUCAGACAGUAGUUGAGCGUUGGUUGAGACAAAAGAAGAAUGUAACCCGACACGAAAUCGGCAGAGAACAGUUUUUGGAGGAGGUACUUAAUUGGAAGAAUGAAAAAGGCAUUAUCAUAAAACAGCAACUAAAAAGAUUUGGUGCUUCACUAGAUUGGUCAAGGGAAAUAUUCACAAUGGAUUCUAGGCAUAAUGAUGCUGUGAUGGAGGCAAUGGUUAGAUUGUGGAACACAGGACUUGUCUACAGGAGAAAAUCUCUGAUAAACUGGUCCUGUGAGUUGUCUUCAGCCAUCUCGGAUAUUGAAGUAGACCGAUUAGAGUUGUCAGGUCCGACUGAGCUUACAGUUCCUGGCUAUGAUGGACCUGUUGUGUUUGGGGAGCUUACGAACUUUGCCUACAGAGUGUGCGACUCAGAUGAGAAGUUGGUAGUGUCUACAACAAGACCAGAGACAAUGUUGGGCGAUGUGGCUGUGGCAGUCCAUCCCAGUGAUGCACGAUAUACUCACCUCCACAACACAUAUCUGUGGCACCCCUUCCGCCAGACUUCCAUCCCUGUCAUCUGUGAUGCCAUGGUCGACAUGCAGUUUGGCACAGGUGCUGUAAAAAUAACUCCUGGACAUAGUCAUGUAGACUGGGAGGUGGCUCAGCGUCACAAUCUGCCAUUAGUGUCUGUUAUUGAUGAAUCAGGGUGCAUCAUACCUCACCAUCAGUUUGGCAAGUUUCAGGGUAUGAAGAGGUUUGAAGCAAGGAAUGCAGUCAGACAUGAGCUAGCCAACUUGGGGCUACUGCAAGGCGUUCAACCACACUCUAUGCAAGUUCCAGUGUGCAGUCGGUCUGGUGAUAUUGUAGAACACCUGCUCAAGGAUCAGUGGUUUAUCUCCUGUAAGAAGAUGGCUGAGAGAGCGGCUGACGCAGUGAGGGAGGGCAGACUACAGAUUGAGCCUACCAGUUUCCACAGUACUUGGUUCAACUGGUUAGAAAAUAUAAGGGACUGGUGUAUAUCUCGACAGCUAUGGUGGGGCCAUCGAAUACCUCUGUACUUUGCCACCAAGAACAAUUCCUCCAUCUGGGUUGCUGCUGCAUCUCUACCUCAGGCUAUCAAAGAGGCUUCCUCCCUCCUCGGCUCUGAGCCUGACUCUAUUAGUCAAGACCCUGAUGUGCUUGACACCUGGUUCUCAUCUGCACUCUAUCCUCUUUCUGCUCUUGGCUGGCCUAAUAAGACAGAUGACAUGCAACAUUACUACCCUUUGGAUUUGAUGGAGACAGGACAUGAUAUUCUGUUCUUCUGGGUGGCUCGAAUGGUCAUGCUGGGAGAAGAACUUACCGGAAAGUUACCUUUCAAGAAAAUAUCUCUUCAUGGUAUAAUCUGUGAUGCUCAUGGGAGGAAGAUGUCUAAGAGCUUAGGCAAUGUCAUAAAUCCUGAGGAUGUUAUCUGUGGAAUAACACUAAAAGAUUUGCAGCAGCAAGUGGUAGACAGUCACAAGACCGGGUUGUUGUCCUACAAGGAGAUGGAGUUGGCAUUGGACGGUCAACAGAAGAUGUUUCCCUCUGGCAUACCUGAGUGUGGCACUGAUGCUCUCCGGUUUACACUACUCUCUCAUAACACUAAAAGUCACUUUAUCAGUUUCGAUGUAAGAGAGUGUGAAACAAAUCACCACUUCUGUAACAAGGUGUGGCAGGCUAGCCGCUUCGCCCUAUACUGGUCUGCUGCAUUAGGAGUGUCCACAUGUGGUCCACCACCUUGUCCUGGACUGAUGGAUCGUUGGGUGCUCAGUCAGCUAGGGGAAGCCACCACCACUGUCACUACUGGACUGCAAUCUGCUGACCUGUGCUUGGCCACCACCGCCCUCAAGGAUUUUCUCUAUGCCAAGUUCUGCGAUGUCUAUGUGGAGACUACCAAACCUGUUCUGCGAGAUGGCAGUGAUGAUGAGGCUGCCAAUGCCUGCCAGACUCUCCUGUACUGUCUGGAUGUGAGUCUGCGUCUGGCUUCCCCCAUCAUGCCGUUCAUCAGCGAGCAGCUGUACAAACAUCUCCCAGGGAAUCAUGGCAAGAGUGCCAUGCUGUCUCAGUUCCCAGCUGCUGAUGUACAGAAAUGGCAAGACCCUGAGAUAAACUCCACAGUACAGUCAGGGAUAGAGAUUCUCUCUGCCAUCAGGACCCUCAAAGGUGUCCAUGGCUUCUACAAGAAACAUGUGCCAGUGGAAGUGGAGACGGCUAGAAAAGAGCCAGUGUUAGCUAUGAUGGGUGUGAUAGAGCUGCUGGCCAACUGUACUGUACAUGUCAGCGACAAAACUGGACUGGCAAGGAAGCAGACACUGACUGACACUGUGGGUGACCACUCACUGGUACACAUCAGUUUGGAGGAUAUAAGCCAAGAGCAGUAUGACGAAUAUAUAGGAACGCUGACAAAGAAAGAGACAAAGAUUAAAAAAACCCUUGAUAAGAUGAUUGAAAGAACAACAAAGAAAGGGUAUGAGAGGAAAGUGGAUAAGGAAACUCAGCUCAGGCAUUCUGAAAUGAUAAGACAGCUUGAAGAAGAGCUAAGAGUUCUUCGCUCUUACAUGGAUGACAACAGGCGGCGAUCUUCAGGAUAGUGUGCAGAUGUAUAGAUUGUAAAAAUAUUUAGCACUUUUGUACAGAAUAAAUUGAACCUUCUAAUCAA